AAUAAUUGAAUUGAAUGAAUUGAAUUCCAAUAAUAAUAUCUCAAUGCGUCAAAUAACAAACAAAAUAAAGCCAAAAAUUAUUUGUGUGCUCACAUUCGCAAUUCUAAUUGUUCGAAAAAAAAAAACCGUGUGGCCUAUUAAAGUUGACUUUGACCUUUGAGUUCUUUGGGUCUCUGAAUAAUAAAUUUUUGGCACACAACGCAUAGCAUGUGUUUGAAUAAUAUAUUUUCGACCAAAUGGGUUCUUUGAUUGUCAGGGAAUUUAAUUAACUUUAGUUUAUUGGCAACAUUCGCCAUUCGCAGUUCUACGCUCGCAAAAUGUUCAAGAUCGGAACUUAUUUUUUGUACGCCUUUGUGGCCUGCAAUCUGUGCGGAAUAGCUAAGGGUGAAAAUAAUACGGAUUCAGUUUGUAUCCUGAAGGAUGCCCCAACUCAAUGUGGUGCAUUUUGUCUCGAUGCUCAGAGGCCAAUUAUUGAAAAAUUAAAUUUUCUUGCUAAAUUACUUAAUAACACUCAGGAGAAGGUGGAUAGAAUUCUAAAUGCAACCCAGGAGAGACUGGAAAAAGUGGAUUUUAUUAUCCACAAUUUAGAAACAAAACCAAUAGAAGUGGCAACGUCAAACAUACCGCAAGGAUUUGAGCAGAUUGGAUCGAGAUAUUUUUAUAUUGAAAACAAUAUUAAACUAAAUUGGGCUGAUGCUAAAACUGCCUGCCGUCAAAAGGGAGCUUAUCUGGCGGCCUUCGAUAACCUGCAAGAAUUUAGCGCCAUCCAAACGAAACUUCAGGCUCAUUGGUACUGGCUGGGCAUCAAUGAAAUCGCCAAAGAAGGCGAAUUUGUAUCUGUGGCCUCUGGCAAGCCGGCAACUAUAUUCAAGUGGCAUUUUGGGCAGCCCGACAAUGAUCAGGGCAGAGAGGACUGUGUGGCCAUGUACUACAGCUCUAUGGAUGAUGGCUUGUGUGAUAAUAAAAACUAUUUUAUUUGUCAACUAGACAAUGAAGUUUAGUAAAAACACAGAAUACUACGAAUACACAACUAAAUUCUUGGUGAUGGAUCUCUCUACUUAUAAAAAUAUAUCAUUAAAUAAAACAACUGUAAUUAAAAAUUAAAAAUGUUUUAUAUAAUUCAGCUUGUGAACUUUUAGAAUGUGACGUGAAUUAUUAUACAAAUCAAACUAUUUUAAUGUUUCAAUAAAUGAUUAAAAAAUGAUUUUAAAA